CAGAAAAAUACAGAGAGCUGUCGUCGAUCCAUAGCGUUGUGGUACCAAUUGGAAAACACAUGAAGAGGUUUUCCCAGCUGCUGAACAUUGGCGGAAUUGGCAGUGCGAGCACGCCAACUCCUGCGCCUUCCACAGCGCCGAGCAGCACGGUGCCUCUACCCCCACCUGUGUCCACUCCCCAGAUUGCCGCUCAGUCCUCACUGGGGGAGGGAUCAAAGAAGAAAAGAAAGAAGUCCACGGCCAAGAAGGCCAGGACAGAGGCGGCUUCCCCACAGUCCCAGGAGGAGCCCUCAGCUGCCAUUGCUUCUCAUUAUGGGGUGAGCUCCGCCGAGCAGCAGGCUUCGUCACAAUCUCCCCCUGCUAUGUGGCGCAUGAGGAACGUGAUUCCCCUGAAGCCCCCUACCGAGCUGGGCUCACACCCGCACCCCCACCAUUUCUGCCCGAAGUGGGGGUUGUCAGUGAACGACCGAGCUCAGUUCCCUGAGGUGGCGAAGGAGCUCGUCAAAGGCGCGGUACUCCCCCGUGAUCACCACUUCAUCCAACUCGCCUCCAACGCUGAGCUGUUAGAGCACUUCUACCUCAGCACCACGCAGCUCAACGUGGCGGGGGCCGAGCUGGCCCAGCGAUAUGAGAACAUGGGGGUCAACCUGUCCCAGGUCGAUGCUGCCAAAGAGAAGUUGUCGAGCCAGCUCGAAGCUGCAGAGUCCGAGCUGGAGACCCUGAAGAAGCAACUCGCAGAUGCCAACUGCUCCUGCGAACUGGAAAAAAAGAGGGCGGCCGAACUGGCUGCGACUUUGGAGGUAGAGCAGAAAAAAUCGGCCGAGCUGGUGGAGGCGGCAAGGGAAGAAGGGCGCCAGCUAGGCGUCAAAGAGUUCAAGAAGUCUGAGGUCUUCAUGAACGACCUGGCCCUCCUCAAUGGCCCUGUCCUGCAGCUCGGCUACACAAAAGCCUUGAUGGACGUGGAGUCCCUGAAGCUGCCAGGCUUUGACCUGAGCAAAUGGCCUGACUUCAACCCCCAAUCUACCAACCAAAUUGACAGGCUUGUCACAGGUUACUCCAAUGGGCGCGACCUGGCUGCCCUGAUUGCGGAUCCUAAUCUUCCUGCCCUCUCCCCAGAGCCAGAGCAAGAGCAACAAGGGGAGAGCUAA